UUCCCUGUUGGUUGAAACCGGUCCUACAAGUCGGAAAUGUCUGCCAGGCAUUUUGAGAGUCCGCCGCCUUACCGUCCAGAUGAAUAUAAACCGUCCACAUAUGCCCCAAGCAUAAUGCCUAGUAAGGAUAUGUAUGGUGGACAGAUGGGAGAGCCAGCUUACUCCUACUAUCCAGAAGAUGAAAUUCAACACUUCUACAAGUGGACGUCCCCUCCUGGCAUCAUAAAGAUUAUGUCAAUUCUUAUUGUAGUCAUGUGUGUUGGCAUCUUUGCUUGUGUGGCUUCUACUCUACCCUGGGAUUUGGAUAUCACUGGCCAGUCCAUGGGUUAUGGGUUUGGAGGAUCUUCUGGUUAUUCUGGAGGAUACACUGGCUAUGGUUUUGGAGGAUCACAGAUGGGAUUGGGCUUUGCAUAUGGAGGAAACUACACAGAUCCAAGAACUGCCAAAGGAUUCAUCCUCGCCAUGGCUGCGUUUUGUUUUAUUACUGCAAUGGUGAUCUUUGUGAUGACUGUAACGAGGACCCAAAGCUCCACCACCAGAAAAUUCUAUCUGAUCGUCAUCGUGGUAUCUGCUAUUCUGGGAGCUUUAGUCUUUAUUGCCUCCAUUGUCUAUACUAUUGGAGUAAACCCUGUGGCCCAGGCUUCUGGAUCUACAUUUUAUACCCAAAUAGUUUCUAUUUGUAACCAGUUUUAUUCACCAGUAACAUCCGGUGUCUUUGUAAAUCAAUAUCUCUACCAUUACUGUGUGGUGGAGCCACAAGAGGCCAUUGCGAUUGUUCUGGGCUUCCUGAUUGUUGUGGCAUUUGCAAUUAUUAUUUUCUUUGCUGUGAAAAUCCGUAGAAAGAUAAACAGAUGUGGAAAGAUGAACAUCCUGUGGAGGAAAGACACCAUUGCAGAAACAGGAGAUCCUCAGGUUGAAGAAUGGGUGAAGAAUGUGCCAGUUAACCCUGAAUCGGUACCUGCAAUGUCAGAGUACAACGAAAAAGUCAAUGGAUCGGCUCUUGAAUACAGAAGUGUGAAUGCCCUUCCGUCCUACUUGGAACCCAACCACGACGUACACUACGUACAAGAGGUCUACCCUGUGAAAAAUGACACCGGCAUGUCCCCAUAUGUUUACAGCAGUGGCUCAGAGUCCGCCAGCAAGAAGGCACCACCGAAGAAGCAGUUGGAGAGAGCCAGGAGAUACCCCAACGAUCACUAUGAUACAGAUUAUAAUACUGGGGGCGAGUCAUGUGAGGAAUUGGAGGAUGAUGAUUGGGACAGCGAGUACCCUCCCAUCAGAUCAGACCACGAGAGACAGCAAUACAAGCGAGACUUUGAUGCUGGACGUCAGGAAUAUAAAAGGUUACAGGAAGAACUAGAUGAUGUUACAAAGUCCCUGUCUGAGCUGGACAAAGAACUUGAUGAACUUCCAGAAGACAGUCAAGAAUACAAGAAAGCUGCUGCUGAAUAUAAUCGUCUUAAGGAAAUUAAAUCGUCAACUGAUUUCAAGAACAAGAAGGAACACUGCAAACAGCUGAGGAACAAACUGAACCACAUUAAGAGGAUGGUCAGCGACUACGACCGUAAUAAAUAGGGACUUCGGCUCGCUUUCAUCAUCUUGCCAAUACCAAGGAACUGAAUUCUUUCAAUCUCAAACAAAAAUCAUGAAAGGGACAUUUUUGGCAGCUUUUCACAGGGUGACAGGGCAGCAAAUAUAAUUCACUAUAGUUGGGCAUAUGUAAAAAUCCAUUUUAUAUCUGCUAAACAGUCUCAUUAUCCAAAUAUAUAGUAGGAGAUGUAUGUUUUAUAUGCAAAAGUAGUGAUGUUUUAAUGUUGUGACUUUAAUAGUCUUUUUAAAUCUUAUGAAAUUGCUUCUGUGGCUAGUGAUAUGUUUAUAGACAGGUGUCUGAAAAGCAGCACUACAUCUUAAAGAAAUUGGUGCCCUGCCCAAAAUCAGACCUCAAAAAAGGCUGCAUGUCUAUUCAUGAUGAUCUACAAAAAGAUGAAA